CUGGACGCGCUGUGUUCCCGGAGCGCACGGCCGGGCGCGGCGGCGUUAGGCAGCUGGCGCUGGGCAGCUGCUUCUCCCAAGUGCCCUGCCGGCGCUUAGUUGCUCCGGGGUCUUGCUCCACCGUCUUUUCCUAGGGGUCUUGUGACCCUGAGAACGGCGGAGUCCAUCCAAGUUCAUUCUCAGUGGGAACCGGCAACUGAGAAGCCCGAACGAGAGGGCGAGCUAUGGAUCCCGUGAGUCAGCUGGCCUCAGCGGGCACCUUCCGGGCGCUGAAGGAGCCUCUUGCCUUCCUGCGAGCGCUGGAAUUGCUUUUUGCAAUCUUUGCAUUUGCAACAUGUGGUGGCUACUCUGGAGGCCUGCGGCUGAGUGUAGACUGCGUCAACAAGACGGAGAGUAACCUGAGCAUCGACAUCGCCUUUGCCUACCCGUUCAGGUUGCACCAGGUGACGUUUGAGGUGCCUACCUGCGAGGGAAAGGCACGGCAGAAGCUGGCAUUGAUUGGCGAUUCCUCAUCUUCGGCAGAGUUCUUCGUCACUGUGGCUGUCUUUGCCUUCCUCUACUCUCUGGCCGCCACUGUCGUGUACAUUUUCUUCCAGAACAAAUACCGAGAAAACAACCGGGGUCCAUUCAUAGACUUCAUAGUCACUGUAGUCUUUUCCUUCCUGUGGCUGGUGGGAUCAUCAGCUUGGGCAAAAGGACUGUCUGAUGUCAAAGUCGCUACAGACCCCAACGAAGUCUUGUUACUGAUGUCAGCUUGCAAACAGCCCUCCAACAAAUGCAUGGCUGUCCACAGCCCUGUCAUGUCCAGCUUGAACACUUCCGUGGUCUUUGGAUUCUUGAACUUCAUCCUCUGGGCUGGAAACAUAUGGUUUGUUUUCAAGGAGACCGGCUGGCAUUCCUCCGGGCAACGCUAUCUUUCUGACCCCAUGGAGAAACACUCCAGCAGCUACAGUCAAGGUGGUUACAACCAAGACAGCUAUGGAUCCAGUGGUGGGUAUAGCCAGCAGGCCAAUCUGGGGCCAUCUGCAGAUGAGUUUGGCCAACAACCUGCUGGUCCCACUUCCUUUACUAAUCAGAUUUAACAAACAGCAUUUGUAUUCUGGAGAUAGGGUCACCACUUUCCAUUUUAGUGGCAGAAGAAUUUUUUUAAAGAGUUCUGAUCAAUUAUUAAUGCAGAGUGUUGCAUAUAAAUCAGAGAUCUGUGGUCUUCCUCAUUAAGGCAGAAAGGCCUGGGUGGUGAUAAAUGGUACUUAGAGGUGAGAUGACAUAAGGAAAUAUAUUAUUCAUCAUAGAGAGCUAAUUGGAGAGAAUACCUUGUUAUAUACACAGAUACUUUUAUGGUCGUUUUGUAUGUGGUAGAGAUAGUAAAAGCAUUUUGUAGCUUAAAUUCUCUAGUAUGUAAUAUGCAUAAAGCAAAUUAAAUAACACUAAGGUUUCCUAUGCAUUUUCAUGCAAAAGGUGUUUUAAAUGAUUCCUAGAAGAUAAUUUGGUGUCGCGCAAUAUGCAUGCAUUAUUUGUUAGGUUUAGGCCCUGCAGCAUUGUGCAUCUCUAAAUAUUUGUUUCAGACAGUUACUCUAUUUUUUUUUACUUGAUAAAUCAAUGCGUUGAUGAUUUAAUGCAUGAAUAAGUGUUUUCUCACACAAUGAACAUUUGAAGUAUGUUUAUUAAAAUUUUCCAGUUUGCACCAUGAAUUUGUUAAAUGGAUGUUUAAGGAAAUAUAUUCACUACUUUGUAUUCUUUACAAAUUGUCUCUCUGGCUUUAUCAAGUUUUGAAUGCACUGUAGCUAAAGUUUGGGAGAUUUUGUCCUAUUAGUAGAAAUACAAUGAUUUAUAUAAAUAUGUAUUAAAUGCCCACUAUUUAUUCUAUUUACUUAGCUAAGUGUUUACACUCUCGUAACUUUCUAUGGUGUUUUUGUGGAUUUUAUUCUGGGACCAUAAAAUUGAAGGUCCAGGAAUUGUUCAUGUUGUUGUAGUGCUAUUUCUUAGAAUGAUGGAAAUACAGAUGCAAACAGCGUGGUCAGCACAACGCUGUGAGGAAGCAUUAAUCCAGGAAGGAUAUUGUAUAAAAUCUACACUACCAGCCAAACCUCUAAAUU